AUGCUGCGAUUAUCACACCUCUUCGAAGCAAACCGGCGCGAAGGUGAAGAAGACACCGCGACUCCUUCGUCUCAGCCAUCAUAUAUCGCCAGACCACCGCCAGAGUCACCAGGAUCAAUGAUCUCCUCGAACCCGGGGUCUCCGGUCACCUCGCUCUUCUCUACCAGGACGCAUACUCGUUUUCCCAGCUCGGUUUCGUCGUUGGCCUCGUCUCCUGUCAUCGGCUCGACCGAGGCCUUUGGCAGCACCAAGACUCAGUUGACAGAAGUAAAGGAAGAACCAAGCGAACGAGAGAUAAACUACGUCGAGGGAGAUGGUUAUUUCCCUCACUUUAAUGAUUUUCAUGCCGCCGCUGCAGCCGCUGCAUAUGACGAUAGUCAUCUCUCAUUGGACUCGUACGACUUUGAACAGACAGAUGGCCUUGACGCCGUUGGCUCGUUCAAGAAGAUAAGGUCGGAUAGCAAGUCUCUUCGCCAGAUCAGCCGGAUCAGUACCCGCUUCUCCUCGCUGUCGUCAAAGUGGAAGCAGGCCAAGCCGUCGUCGAUCGCAGACACCGUUGCUACACGCGAUCGAUACGAAGACUCACUCAGAUCGCGCGCCAAUUCCGCCACUUCUGCUCUCGCCAGUCCUGCCGCCAGCCUGAUAUCGGCACGGCAGAGCCUCUAUGCUCCCUCCCUGCCAGGACAACAAAAGGCCAACCAGCAGUUUGACAGUGAACCCGAGCGACAUGCCAGAACACCGCUUCUUCCACCAGUGAUGAUGGAUCUGCCACACAUCGAGAAGGAAAAUCAUAUCGAUUCCCCACUGGAAUCCCCUUCUAUAGCCCCAGUGGCAGAUUUCCGCGACACAGAGAGUCCCCCAAUCACCUCUAUAAGCGAUAUCAUGCCAUCCUCGUCACCCGUAGGCUCUCCUCACCCUACGCUGUCGUCCAUCAGCCGCCAGCUUGCCAUGUCUCGCCUCUACUCGACCCGCUAUGCCUUGUCUGACUCCGUAGACGAGUGGUCCUGUAAGCUAGGACACGCAAACUUCACUAUCUACCCUGAGCCCUACGUCCCGGAAAUCUGUGAUAGGGAGGCCUUGGACAACUUCCGUGCUAACUGGGAGCUCGCUCGAUGCAACUACGCCAAACACCUUGCACGCACCGACGAACACUAUGGCUCCACCUCGCAUAUCUACCAACUGACAGAAGAGAAAUGGGCGUCUGUCAACAGCGAGUGGAAGGGUGGCUACAACCAUGUCAUCGACAACCUUGAAGACGGCAAUGGCAAUCCCCUCUCGCUAAGUCCGUCGGAGCUACUUCACUGUUCUGAAAACGUCGUGAAGAUACCCGGACUUCAUGACAAGAACAAGUUCCCUGACCUUGGUGAUGAAGACAUCGUUGGUCCCAUGUCUGUUGGCCCCGGCCUGCAGCAUUACCGGUCUGGUGAUGAUAGACUAUGGUCCAAGAAGGCGAUCCUCAAGUUCUUGAAUGGCAUCUUCAGCCUUCGCAAGAGCUCAUAG